AUGUUAUUCCACAAGUUAAAAUCUGAUCCAGGCCUUGCUCCUGAUGGCGGAACUCGAGCCUGGCUCCAGGUCGUUGCCGGGUGUCUCAUCAACGCCCUCACUUGGGGAUAUUCGGCAUCCUUCGGAGUCUACCAGCUUUAUUACACGACAGAAUUCGACUUUCCACCAUCUCAAGUCUCAUGGGUCGGUUCGAUACAAGUCUUCUUAACAUUCUUCGUGGGAGUGCUCUCUGGCAGGUCGGCCGACGCCGGGUUGGCUCAGCAGACAGUCUUGCUGGGCUGCUUCAUGGGAGUUCUCGGGACAUUUAUGACGAGUCUCGCAACGACUUAUUGGCAAAUCUUCCUUGCUCAAGGUUUAUGCACGGGUUUGGGCAUGGGCCUGAUGUAUAUGCCCACGGUUGCUGUCAUCAGCUCCUACUUUCAGAAGAAACGGGCCUUGGCUUUAACCACCUCGGCUUCCGGAAGCGGGGUUGGAAGCAUCGUGUUUCCUUUGGUGGUGCAGAACCUGCAGACCAAGAUUGGGUUUGCAUGGGCCGUUCGUGUCCAAGCCUUCAUCGCCCUCUUCUUCUCCAUCGUCAUCAUCAGCUUACUUAAACCCCGUCUCCCUCCACGAAAGUCCGGUCCCCUAAUGGAGUUGCGUGCAUUCUUGGAGCCAUCGUACUCCUUCUUCACGAUUGGCAUGUUUUUCAUCUUUUGGCCACUUUACUUUGCCUUCUUCUAUGUCAACACCUACGCAACUUCCAAGAUCGGGGUGUCUGGUGUCACAGCCGCCAACUUGCUGGUGAUCAUCAAUGCUGUCGGAAUACCCUCACGCCCUCUGCUGGGUUUCUUGUCAGACAGGUGGUUUGGCCCACUUCCGACACUCGUCGCGUCAAGCACAUUCUUAGCCUGUAUGCUAUUUGUCUGGAUAUCGGUCAAGUCGCUUGGUGGAAUGUACGCUUGGGUUGUGAUAUAUGGAAUAGCUACAGGGGGCACACAGGGGAUUUUUGUCGGGGCUUUGGCAUCGCUUACCAAAGAUCCGGCAAAGAUGGGAACGAGGUUUGGCAUGGUGUUUUCGGUGCUUGGCUUUUGCACGCUGGCAGGGCCGCCCACCGCAGGCGGAAUGAUUGAGAACAUGAAUGGAAGCUUUUUGGGAGCGCAGAUAUGGGCUGGGGUGGUGACUAUUACUGGCACUCUCUUCAUUGUCGCGGCGCUGUGGGCGGACAAGAGGGCAAAUACUAAGGAUUCUCCAAGAGAAGGGGAUGGCGAGAGCUCUUCAGGUACGGCAUGA